AUGUUUUAUUUUUAUUAACAGGAUAAAACAUCCAAUGCAUUUUUAGAGAUGGCAAAUACUGAGAAGGAAAUGCAUUUGCAUACUAACAGCGAAAAUGCUUCAGAUCCUAUAACUGCCGAGGACACGGUGCCUUUACAUUCUAAUGCCUUAUGUUCAAAGAAAAAACAAUCAGAGACUCCAAAAGCAGUUCUCAGGCGAUCCAGCCGUCUUAUGAGUUCUGUAAAACCUAUUCAGAGCCAAGUCCCUGUUCCUGUUGCCCAGCAUGUAGAUCUCGUCGACAAUGAAGAAGAAGAAGAAGAGCCAAAUGUUCAGCAAGUUAGUGCUAUGCCAAUCAUGGUUGAAAGAAGUGUGGAAGAAAAUGCUGACCAUAUUGUUCGAUCUAUUGAUGAAUAUGACUCUGAGAACGGUAAACAGGUUACUGAAAGACCAAUUAAGUGCCCCUCUGCUAGUGUGAACUACAAAAGAUUAUACUUUGACUCACAAAAGAAGAUUGAUUUCUUAUUGGAGGAAAAUUUACGGCUAGUCAAGAAUUUGGAAUUUUGUCGUGGAAAGAUUGAAGUGUAUGAGAAGAUGAAGGAUGUUAUGGCUAGUCCAGAGGACGUGAUUUUGAUCAACAACUCAGGAAAGGCAACUGAACACACAGCAAAUUUAUUACCUCAAAUGAUGGCGGGAAAUUGCAGCUCUCUGACUGCUGUCGCUGCUCCUGAUGCUGUUGAUGAUCUUAAGAAAUCUGUUAAGCAAAGGAAGUACAGUCACAAAGAGAAAAAGACUAAGUCUUGAUGUUGCUUAGUACUUUUUGUUACUACAACGGUAGUUUAGGUAGCCUUCAAACUUAAAUCCUUGAGGUUUCAUUUUCUGGAUGAGCAAAUCUUUGUAGUAAUAACUCUAUGUCUUCUCUUUUUGAAUGUUUUGCAAACUAUGUAAUGGUACUAUGUACUAUUGAAUAGAAUUCAUGGGUUGAUGAGAAGAAUGAAUGUUCUUUUUCUCAGAAAUAUAAUGCUGAAUCUGACAAUUUCUUGUUAGAUUCCUGGGUUUGAGGUUUAUUUA